AUGCUUAUUGUGUCAGAAGCUGACAAGAUGCUGAAGGGAACAGUGUAUCGUAUCCGAGGGUCCGUUCCUGCCAGUAACUACAUUCAGCUGCCUAAGACCAGCACGCAGUCGUUGGGGCUCACUGGUCGUUACUUUUAUCUGCUUCUCAGGCCCAUGCCCAACAAGUAUUUUGUUGUGCACCUGGAUGUCACCACAGAGGAUAGCCAGGUCGUCCGCAUCUCCUUCUCCAACCUUUUUAAGGAGUUCAAAUCGACAGCUACAUGGCUUCAGUUUCCGUUCAUCUGUGGAGCAGCCAAAGGAUCAGUGUAUGAGAGUACUGGCAAGACUUCCAAGCGAGAUCUGGUAGGGGUGGCCCCGGCAAACGUUCGCUGGACUUUUCUGAUGCUUGACCUUCACUACAUCCUCUCCAUGUACUUGAAUCGAUGCUACAGCCAUCUGAAGAGUGUCAAACUCUGCUCCAACCUACUGGUGAAGAACCUCUAUACCAGUGACCUGCUCUUUGACCCAGGGGUGACCUUCUCAGAGGCCCGACAAGCCAAACAGACAUUCCAUGGCAUCUCCCCUGUACCACGAGAAAUGGCCUUUCCUGUGCCAAAGGGAGAGAGCUGGCAUGACCACUAUGACUAUAUUAGGUUUCCCUCUGAUGGCUCCAAGCUGCCAUAUGACUCAAUUCAAAAGAGUUGUUCCAGGCCUGCAGCAGGUGGUCGAGUGCUAGAAGACCCAACCCGUGAGCUCCCCCGGCCAGUGACACUCACCAAAGCUGUCCGUGAUAGACUGUCCCUCAUUCAGCAGAUAACCAGUCCCAAGGAUAUGCCUCAUCGGUCACCCCUGCUUACAGAGAGCAUUCCCGAGGUUCAUUUAACAUCCUGCAGACCUCUUGAAGCAAUGAAUGCUGGGGCUCCAGAGGUAAACGGGAGAAGAGGACAACAGGCUGCUGGAGACUCAACUGUGCAGUCAUAUGCAAUGAGCGAUGGUGGUAUUCACGUUUAUGCUCACAAAAUGGGCGACAUCACCAUCCAUACUGUUGACACUGGCUCAGAGGAGAGCGUGUACAUGAAGGUUACUGCACCUGAGGAGUUCUCCAGGAGGAGCAUGACUCAUUGCAGGAGACUCUUGCCAGAUCCAAUCCUGAAGCUGAGGACAAUUAUCGGCUUUGGAGGUUACAGCACCAAAUGGGCUCUGUGGACUCAGAACAAUUCUGCAGUGGUCUACCCAUGUCAUGCUAUUAUAGUAACCAUGCAGAUUGGUACAGGGGAGCAAAGGUUCUUCAUUGGACAUACAGACAAGGUAUCGGCAUUAGCAUUCAAUGGAAACAGCACAAUGCUGGCUUCUGCACAGAUAGGGCACUUGACCAUGGUGCGACUCUGGGACUUUCACAAGGGAAAAUGCCUCUCCAUGUUUAAAACCCAUGUGAACUCAGUCUCAUCCCUCAGCUUUUCUCACGGCGGAUCUAUUCUCUGCGGCAUUGGGAAGGAUGGGCAUGGCAAAACGAUGGUGGUGGUGUGGAACACUGCCCAGGUGAACCAUGGUGGAGAGGUGGUCGUGCUGGCCAAGGCACACACUGAUGUAGACAUCCAGACCUUGAAAAUUGCUUUCUUUGAUGAUACCAGGAUGGUGUCAUGUGGCAGAGACAAUGUGAGGCUGUGGCGAGUGCGGAGUGGAACACUGCGGUCGUGCCCAGUGAAUCUGGGGGAGUACCAUUCCCUGGAGUUCACUGAUCUGGCCUUCGAGGAGGGACAUUCGCCUGAGCGGGAGCCAGAGGAUCGGACUCUCUUUGUGUGCAGCAGAAGUGGUCACAUUUUGGAAAUUGACUAUAAGAAAGUUAGUAUCAGAAACGCCAGGCGCCUCCUGCCAUCUCAGACCCAGCACUCUCACCGUCGGGAGAAGCAGACCUUCAAUUCAGGGCCUGGGAUUGCAAUAAACAGCAUUAGUGUGUCCCCAACCUUCUGUGCUACGGGCUCAGAAGAUGGCUAUCUGCGUCUGUGGCCGCUGGAUUUUUCAGCAGUCUUCUUGGAGGCAGAGCAUGAAGGUCCAGUGAGUACUGUUAGCAUCAGUCCAGACAAUCUCAAAGUUUUGUGCACUACUUCCACUGGGAACCUGGGCUACCUAGAUAUACAGUCCCGGGACUACAGCACGCUCAUGCGCUCUCAUACCAACUCUAUUUUGGCAUUCUCUGUGGAGAGACUCCGGAAGCAGAUGGCUACAGUGUCCCAGGAUAACACCAUUCGCAUCUGGGACCUAGUGUCUAUGCAGCAGAUGUAUGACUUCACUGCCUCUGAUGAGAUGCCAUGUGCUGUGGCCUUUCACCCUUUACAACAGAUCUUUGCUUGUGGGUUCAGCAGUGGAAUGGUGAGAACCUUCAGCUUGGCUGCCUCCGACCUGCUAAUGGAACACAAGCAGCACCGUGGUGCAAUCACUGGUCUGACCUUCUCUCCAGAUGGCAAUUUCAUGUUCAGUUCCUGCUCACAGGGGACUCUGGCUCUUUAUAACUGUGCCACAAAAAAAAGCCACAUUCUAAGAGUCCUGGGCAAUGUAGUGUCCCAAGAUGCUGACUACAGCCCUAAUGCCUUGGCACUGAGUGGAGAUGGACAUCUCUUAGCCUUUGUGGGUCCGUCCAAGUACACUGUGACUGUCAUGGAUGCCUGUAAUCUAGAUGAGCUACUGAAAAUAGACAUCAGUAUCCUAGACUUAGACAGCACAAGCCUGGACUCUGCUAUGAGAGUCUGCUUUUCUCCUGUGCCUGUUGGCCAGCUCUUGGUGUCCACUGCCUCCAACAAAGUUCUUGUGCUCGACUGUAAAACGGGACGGUUGGUUCGAGAGGUGUCUCAUGUGCAUAAACAGUACUGUUCUUCACUGGCGCUGAGUGAGGAUGGCAGGUACAUGCUGACUGCUGGUGACAGAGUUAUCAAAGUGUGGGACUAUCGGAUGAGUUUCAAUAUCAACUUCCAGGUGUAUAUAGGCCAUUCAGAGCCAGUUCAACAAGUGGCCUUCACCCCUGACCAACAGCAUGUAAUCAGUGUUGGAGAUGCCAUCUUUCUUUGGGACUUCCUAGCUCUGCCCGCUGAGCAGUUGCCCAAGAAUGAUGUUCACCUCUCUGAGUCCAUUCUGCCUCCCCAGGCUGAAAACAGCCCUGAGAAGCCAAAGAGUUUGCUUUCUGGGGUCAAUGAGAUACCCCGACAGUCAGCUCCUCUUCCAUCCCGAGCAUCACCUCCAUGUUUAGAUAUCAGCUCAGUCCACCACAGGGGAUGUCAUGAUAUUUUCUCUGAGUCAGAUGAAGAAGUGGAAGCAGAUCUUCAAGGCAGUAGCAGAAGAGUAGCAAAUGGAGACAGAAACCACUCGGCCCUCAUCAUGGAGGGACCAGUCAAGAGUGAGGAGCCUAUUGUUGUGAGGUCCAAAGUGAGUCAGGAGUGUUCGAGGUCUCCCAGUCACACCGGAAAUGAGCUCAGAAAAGAAACCAAAGUUCCUGAACCCCAGGACUAUAUCCGCCCUGACUCCUACAGGCACUUUACUGCUCGCUUCAAAGCAUCUGUGCUCCCCAAGACUUUCUCAUCCCUUCCAGCUGGUAACGAGGUCCUGAAACUGAAGGCAGUGGUUGGCUACAAUGGAAAUGGCAGGGGGAAUAUGCUCUGGAACCCAGACACAGGUUUAUUCGCCUAUACCUGUGGGUCUGUGAUUGUGGUUGAAGACCUGCACUCAGGAUCGCAGCAGCACUGGCUUGGCCAUCCAGAGGAAAUCUCUACUUUAGCAGUUAGCCAUGAUGCCCAGGUUCUUGCUUCUGGCUCUGGUCAGGGAAAUGGAGAUUCUCGCUGUCAAAUCCGCAUCUGGAAUGUACAAGAGGGGACUUGCCAAAAAGUUCUCUUCCACCACGAGACGCAAGUGCAGGCCAUGGCAUACUCUUGGGAUGAUAGGUUCCUUGUUACACUAGGAGACUACAAUGACCGAACUAUUGCCCUAUGGAGCACCCAUACUCUUGACCUAAUGACAUCCACCCGUUUCUCAGAACCAGUCCAUGAUGUAGCCUUUAACCCUCUUUCUUCCGGUGAGCUUUCCUGUGUAGGAAGGGGAGCAGUGACUUUCUGGCUAAUGGAACAGUGUGGAGCUGACAUCAGUCUUAAGGUUCAUAGAGCACCCAUCCCUGACAUGGUAGGACCAGUGGAACUGACGUCCCUCUGCUACAGCACUAACUAUCUUCUCUAUACUGGGACCAACACAGGCCAGAUCUGUGUGUGGGACACUGAGACAAAUCGUUGCUUCAUGACUUGGGAGGCUGAUGAGGGUGAGAUUGGUGUCCUGGUGUGCCAUGGCAACAAGCUGGUUAGUGGCAGCAACACUAAAAGAAUCCGACUAUGGUCAGUGGCAUCGGUGCAGGAGCUGAGGCUGAAAGGCUCUGGUGCUAGGUCUAGCUCAGUCCUUUUGGAACAUGAGAUGACCCUAGAUGGAACAAUAGUUAGUGCAACCUUUGAUGAUUCUCUGGAAAUGGGAAUUGUGGGCACCACUGCAGGAACAUUGUGGUACAUCAACUGGGUGGAUAACACAAGCAUCCGACUAAUCAGUGGACACAAGAACAAGGUAAAUGAAGUGACAUUCAGUCCUGGUGAGUCUCACUGUGCCACCUGUGGUGAGGACGGCAGUGUGAGGGUUUGGUGUGUGGCCAGCAUGGAGCUGGUGGUACAGUUUCAAGUGCUGAACCAGAGCUGCCAGUGUCUGGCUUGGAGCCCUACCUCUAUCUCCCGUGGUGGGGAUGAGAAUCAGCAUGUUGUGGCAGGGUACAGCGAUGGCACCCUCCGUGUGUUCAGCAUUUCAAGGACAGAAAUGGAGUUGAAAAUGCACCCCCAUGCUGUUGCACUGACUGCAGUUGCCUACUCUGCAGAUGGAGAAAUCAUCUUAUCUGGAAGCAGGGAUGGGCUAAUAGCUGUCAGCAGCCCUCGGACUGGAAUGACCAUUCGUCUCCUUACUGACCACAAAGGAUCCCCCAUCUCUGUUAUUCAGUGCACAGGGAAACAGUACCAUGACUUUGGGGUGGAAGGUUGUGAACUCUGGUUGGCUGCAAGCUCAGAUCGACGUGUCAGCAUCUGGGUCUCUGACUGGCUAAAGGAUAAAUGUGAGCUCAUUGACUGGCUAAGUUUCCCAGCCCCAACAAGCCCUGAGGUUCCUGGCAGCCUUCCUCCUAGCCUGGCAGCAUUCUGCCCUUGGGACAAAGGGACUGUGGUCUAUGUGGGCUUUGGGCUGCAGAAGGAGGUCCUCUUUUACAGUCUGUGCCAGAAACAGGUCGUUGAGAAGAUCCCCUUAUCACACUUUGCCACUUCACUGAGCCUGUCUCCUGCAGGCCGCUUGCUGACUGUUGGCUUCAAUGAGCGCCUGCUGCGACUGAUUGACUGCACAACCAGAACAGAACAAGACUUUGCAGGGCACGAUGACUCUGUUCACCUCUGCAGAUUCACCCCUUCAGGCAAAUGCCUUUUCACAGCUUCCUACAAUGAGAUUCUGGUGUGGGAGAUAAUGAGCAGAUGAACCAAGCAAGUUCUUCUGGCAGAGGCAAGAGAGGUUUUUUUAAACAACAGAUGAACUGAGUGCUCCUCACUGAGGCAGGAGAGGCUUUUCAGACCAGACUGCCUCCAACCCAGAUCAAGGAAGAAGAAAAUAAAUAUUUCUUUCUUGAUGUCCUUAGACUACAGCAUGAGGAAAUACGUGAACAUGAUCUGGACUCUUGAGAUCCACUUGACUGCUAGGUAGUGGCCCUGUUCCAAACCACACACACACACACCCCCUUCCUGUUUGUGUGUCUGGGCUUUGUACACUCGCAGAAAAUUCAAUCAGUAUUUAAUCAUAAAUGGGAUUUGGUCUUAGUGCACAACCUGACCUACAAGAUAGGAUGUAUAUUUGGAGUCUUGACCCAGCUUAAAAAGUUAUCAGUUGGUACCUUGUUAGCAGGCUCUGUUGAAGCCAAGAAUUGAAUAAACUGUAGAGUGAAAUCCCCUUUUCCUGUUAUGAGCAGUCCUUCUAGCCAGGGUUAAGGCACAUCAGUAGGUUAGGGAAGGGUGGCUUUCACUUCCACAGCUUUUACUGUUUUCUGUACUUGGAGGAUGAUCUCCAGGGCUGUCAAGCCAGUAUCCUUCACAAACACUUGCAUCACUUGCAUAAGAGAACACCUAUGCACUAACCAGAGAUAUGGAUGUAGCUUUGCUUCUUCUAUUUCUCAUGCUCCUUUGGAUUUUGAAUUCUCUGUGUAGGAGGAUGGUCUGGUCUGCCUGUCACAGUGCAGACCUGAGGUAUUUUGUGUGUAAAUGAUCUGGACCCAGUGGCUGGGGGUGUCAUUUGGGAUGUAAUAUAGCAUUAGAUUUUUUUUUAAUUGGGGAGAUUUUUCUAUUUGGUUUUUGCAAGGUGUAUAGUUUUAAAAUAAAGACAUUUGGUUGAUUUUUCUGCCAAUAGUUCUUUGUAACAUUUCUUUCCACCCCAUAGCUGCUUAUUCUAAUGCUUGUCCUCCAUCUUCUGCAUGUACCACCGUUUUAAGACCACAGCUAGAAAUUGAGACCUGGGGACUAUUUCCCAGACCCAGAUCUAAUGGAACAGAGGUUUUCUUGUUCUAUGGUGCUUCCC